GGGAGAGCUGCUCCUUCAUCCAUCGCUUCUUCUGAUGCAACAACAACUGGAUCCUACUCAGGACGAUGAGGACCUUACUACUUAACGGAAUAACAGGAGCCCCUGCUCUUCCCAUCCCACCACUACCCUGAAACCCCCCAGCUUUUGGACGGCAGCUGCUAUGACCAUGGCAGGGGGCCGGAGAGGACUAGUGGCUCCUCAAAAUACAUUUUUGGAGAAUAUUGUCCGGAGAUCUAAUGAUACUAAUUUUGUCUUGGGUAAUGCCCAGAUUGUGGAUUGGCCUAUUGUCUACAGUAAUGACGGGUUCUGCAAGUUAUCAGGAUACCACCGAGCUGAAGUUAUGCAAAAAAGUAGCACAUGCAGCUUUAUGUAUGGGGAGUUGACAGACAAAGAGACCAUAGAAAAAGUCAGACAGACAUUUGAGAAUUACGAGAUGAACUCCUUUGAAAUUUUAAUGUAUAAGAAAAACAGGACGCCUGUGUGGUUCUUUGUGAAGAUUGCUCCCAUCCGAAAUGAACAGGACAAAGUUGUAUUGUUUCUUUGCACUUUUAGUGAUAUCACAGCUUUUAAGCAGCCAAUUGAGGAUGAUUCAACCAAAGGUUGGGGGAAACUAGCACGCUUGACAAGAGCGCUAACAAGCAGCAGAGGGGUCCUGCAACAGAUUGCUCCCACAGUCCAUAAGGGGGAAAACGUGCAUAAACAUUCCCGGCUCGCUGAGGUGUUGCAACUGGGUUCUGAAAUUCUUCCGCAAUACAAACAAGAAGCACCGAAAACUCCACCACAUAUCAUUCUUCAUUACUGUGUUUUCAAAACCACUUGGGAUUGGGUAAUCUUGAUAUUAACGUUUUACACUGCUAUUCUGGUCCCUUACAAUGUGUCCUUCAAAACCAAACAGAACAAUGUUGCGUGGCUGGUCCUGGACAGCAUCGUGGAUGUAAUAUUUUUGGUGGACAUUGUGCUCAAUUUUCACACCACAUUUGUUGGACCUGCUGGAGAGGUCAUUUCUGACCCAAAAUUAAUACGCAUGAACUACUUGAAGACCUGGUUUGUCAUAGAUCUUUUAUCUUGUUUGCCGUAUGAUGUCAUCAAUGCCUUUGAGAAUGUGGAUGAGGGUCUCAGCAGCCUUUUCAGCUCAUUAAAAGUAGUGAGACUCCUACGGCUGGGACGUGUGGCACGGAAACUGGAUCAUUACAUCGAGUAUGGGGCAGCUGUCUUGGUCCUAUUGGUUUGUGUGUUCGGUCUGGCAGCUCACUGGUUGGCUUGCAUCUGGUACAGUAUUGGAGAUUACGAAGUGAUAAAUGAGGACACAAACACCAUUAGAAAUGAAAGUUGGCUCUGUCAGUUGGGAAUGACCAUUGGAUCUCCUUAUCGGUUUAACUUAUCGGGCUCUGGAAAGUGGGAAGGUGGGCCAAGCAAGGACUCUGUCUACAUCUCCUCACUGUAUUUUACUAUGACCAGUCUCACUAGUGUUGGAUUUGGGAAUAUCGCACCAACUACGGAUGGAGAGAAGAUCUUUGCUGUGGCUAUGAUGAUGAUUGGAUCCCUUCUAUAUGCAACAAUUUUUGGUAAUGUGACAACAAUCUUCCAACAAAUGUACGCCAACACUAACCGUUACCAUGAAAUGCUGAACAGUGUGAGAGAUUUUCUUAAACUUUACCAAGUGCCCAAGGGUCUGAGCGAACGUGUCAUGGAUUAUAUCGUGUCUACCUGGUCUAUGUCUCGAGGUAUUGAUACUGAAAAGGUUCUGCAGAUCUGUCCUAAAGACAUGCGAGCGGAUAUCUGUGUCCACCUUAACCGCAAAGUUUUCAAGGAGCAUCCGGCAUUCCGCUUAGCCAGUGAUGGCUGCCUGAGGGCGCUCGCCAUGGAGUUCCAGACUGUGCACUGUGCCCCAGGGGAUUUGAUAUACCAUGCAGGGGAGAGCAUAGACACACUCUGCUUUGUGGUGUCUGGCUCUUUGGAAGUUAUCCAGGAUGAUGAAGUGGUUGCUAUUCUGGGUAAAGGUGACGUUUUCGGAGACAUUUUUUGGAAGGAGACCACUCUUGCUCCAUCCUGCGCUAAUGUUAGAGCUUUGACAUACUGUGAUCUUCACGUCAUUAAGAGGGAUGCCUUACAAAAAGUGCUGGAAUUUUACAUUGCCUUUUCACACUCCUUUUCCCGAAACCUGAUACUGACUUAUAACCUGCGGAAAAGGAUAGUGUUCCGGAAGAUCAGUGAUGUGAAAAGGGAGGAAGAGGAGUGGAUGAAAAGUAAAAAUGAAGCCCCACUGAUCCUCCCACCCGACCAUCCUGUUCGACGACUUUUUCAGAGAUUUAGACAGCAAAAAGAGGCACGGUUGGCGGCAGAGAGAGGAAGAGACCCCAAUGACCGUGACAUAGAGAAAGGCAACAUACUGGUGGAACAUUCAGCUCGCAACACAAUAAAAGCAAGCCUAGUCACAGUCACAGAAAGUCCUGCCACGCCAAUAUCUUUCCAGGCGGCAUCAACCUCUGGCGUGUCAGACCGAGCUAAGCUCCAUGCUCCAGUAUCCGAAACCACUGGAGGUAAAGUGGCUGGGGAGUUUGUGAAAAGGAAAGGGUGGGCCAAGUUUAGAGAUGCAUGUGGGAAAGGGGAGGAUUGGAACAAAGUAUCUAAAGCAGAAUCUAUGGAAAUAUUACCUGACAGAACUAAACCUUCAGCGGAGGCUACUUUAAAGAAGACAGAUUCCUGUGACAGUGGCAUAACAAAAAGUGAUUUACGUUUAGACAAUGUUGGGGAGACUAGGAGCCCCCAGGAUCGAAGUCCUGUGCAGGCAGAAGUUAAACACACUUUUUAUCCCAUUCCAGAACAGACCCUCCAAGCUACAGUGUUAGAAGUGAAGCAUGAGUUAAAAGAAGAUAUUAAAGCCUUGAAUUCAAAAAUGACAAAUAUUGAAAAGCAACUUGCCGAAAUACUCAGAAUAUUAGCUUCAAGAAGGUGCUCCCAGUCACCCCAAGAAAUGUUUGAAAUAUCACGACCCCAGUCUCCUGAAUCAGAAAGGGACAUAUUUGCAUCCAGUUAAGCAGUCUGAAGAUUGCAAAAAUACUUAGAGAGGAACCAAGUGCCCAGUCCUUCACCUUUCAAGCACAGUGUUCUGCUCUGCUUUAUGUUUAAUGAGGUCAUCACAAUUAUACAUGAUCUGCAUGUUCAUGAAUCAUGGGCAAGCAUAGACUGUGUCUCCAAAGUGGGUUCUGUAAACUAUUUUAGUUAUGAAACAGUUUACAUACUGUAGAUUCAUCUUGUAUCUCAGUGACCUGCUGGAACAUCCUGUUUCUCAAUGACCUGUUGAAACAUCCUGUAUCUCAGCUACCUGUUGAAAUGUCCUGUAUCUCAGUGACCCAGUGGAACAUCCUGUCCAUCAGUGACUUGAUGGAACAUCCUGUAUCUCAGCUACCUGCUGAAACAUCCUGUAUCUCAGCGACCUGCUGGAACAUCAUGUAUCUCAGUGACCUGAUGGAACGUACUGUAUCUCAGUAAUUUGCUGGAACAUUUAUUGGUGUAUUCACUAAACACCAGUUUUAUGUGGCUUAUAUUUCAAAGAAUUUUCACACACAUACAAUUAUAAGCUUGGAGGAAGAGGAGACAUUUUAUGGUCGAAACAUUUCUUCAACAAUGACUGGAGAAAAGAGGGGAUGAUGCACCUUUAUUUCAGAAAAUUGGGAAGUCGUUUUGUAAAAUUUCUUCCCAAUAGCAUGCCUUAUGUAACUGAUUUUCCCACUUGUCCAGUUUGAGGGAUGGACAAGAUAGCAAAACUGUAUGAAACAACUUUUGUUGCUGCGGCCUUUAUAGUAUGCUUGCAAAUCCACCUGCUGAAUGUCACAAUAUAUAAACAACAUUGUGGGGGACUCCUAAAAUAAAUAUGGAGGUGUAAGAUAAAACAGGAAGUAUCACUCUAGAUUAAACAAAACUAUCUUUUAUAAAGUACCUUUUGUUCAGAGAAAAAAAUAUAUAAUUAAAGUCAUAGAUGAACUAAACGUUUUGCAUACAUUUAAGUGCACUGCCUUCUUGCAGCAUGCAGAUGUAGCUCUUUUGUCUAUGUAGAACAAAAGUUCUCAAACACGGUCCUCAAGGCACCCCAUUGGU